CAUACUCCACAAUGUAUAUGAACACGCCAGGUCGCUAGAUAUCCUAAUAUACACGAAUAGCUUUGUGUUUCUACGCUGCCCAACUAAUUACAGGGAGAAGAACAGCUUUGUCAGAAGCUUCAAUCAGUACAGAAUUUAGAGGUGGCAAUACAACUUUCUAUCUCUCGCUUCACUAAUAUAUGCGUACGUGUCUGCAGUUAGGCUCUCUUGUGUUUCUUCCGGCACGCUCUCUGAUCAAGUAAACUAUAUGAUCGAUGGAUUAUUCAUCAGAAUACAGCUUCUCACAGUUUGGAAUAGAAGAUCCCAACUUUUUUCUUACCAGCAAUAUUGUGAACCCCAUAUAUAAUGAUACCGACUUUGUGUCUCCUUAUCUUGAGAGCUACACGAAUUAUGAGACAAGUUUGAAUCAGCAGAGUGUGGAAGGUGAGGUACUUGAGAUCAACACAGCAGAUGACAAACUUUCCCGCUCUAAUCAAGUGAUUAAUACCAAUAUUCCUGCUUCUUCCACGGACAGAAAUUUAAUAUCUUUCCGAUACCCUAGCUCCACACCACUAGAAGAACAUCAUCAUCAGUACGAUGAUGGAUUUGUCCACAAAGCAGCAGUGCAACCUCAACAACUAUUUGACUUCUCAGGCAACGAGUCAGAAGCUUCGUUACAUAAAUAUAGUCAAGAAUAUCUAUGUGGUGAUCAGGCGAUGAAAAUAGACAAAAGUAUCACGAAUAAGAGUCAUUUACAAGUUCAUGAGCAUGUUGUGGCAGAAAGAUUAAGGAGGCAGAGGUUGAACAAGCUGUUCAUAGGUCUUUCAGCUACCAUACCAGGCUUAAAGAAGUUGGAUAAGGCGUCGAUCCUGAAAGACGCUAUUGAAUACAUAAAACGACUAGAGGAACAAUCGAAGGCACUUGAAGAGGAGGCUGGCAAGCAGUUAGGAAAACCAAAACAUCCCAAUAGGAUCGAUACAAGUGACUACCACUCGAGUGCAUUGAUCUCUGAUAUCCAAGCAAGAUUUUGUGAAGGGGAGAUACUUAUAAAAAUACACUGCAAACAGCCCAAACAAGUGACACAUAAAUUACUAGGAGAACUCGAGAAGCUUCACUUGACUAUCAUCAAUUGCAGUGUCAUUCCAUUUGACGAAAGCCACGACAUAACCAUCAUAGCACAGAGAAACGAUGAGUGUCGCAUUUCAAGAAAAGAGCUUAUUACAAAGGUAAAUCAACUAUUCUAAGUGUGAUAUUCUCAAGUCGGGUGGAAUGCAUGCAUCAUGCAUGCUAAUGUGUAUCUGUUGACCAAGAUGUGCAAUCAACAGCUAAGAAGCUAAUGUAUUAAACAACUCAAGGGUCGGUUUGGGUUUGCUGUUACAAAUUGCUGUUUGAUAAUUUUUUUGAUAUGUGUUUAUUUUGAGUUAUAAUAUUAAAAAAAUAAUGUUUUUGAUGAGGUUUGAUAGUGAAAUCUGUAACAGCUUCCUACAAAAAUUGAAAAGCAACAUUUUCUAAAAGUAUGGGAGGACCUGCUUUUUCUAACAACAGCUUUUCAGCUAAAAGACGCUGUUCGGAAAUGCUGGUUUUAGAUUUACCAAAUAGUUUUUCAUCCGCUUUUCAGAAAAAAGCUGCUGUUGAUGUCU